AUGAGCACUACACCUCUACGUUUUCUACACACGUUUUCUUCUCAUGUCAAUCAAGAAGCUAAUAUACACACAAAUCACCCACCACUCAAACGAACGAUAAAGAAAGGAACAAGAAAUAACAAAAAGAAAAUAAAAAGAAACGUCAAAUCAACUCAAUAUAUGGAGGAAGUAUCUAUACAACAAAUUACUACAAAUCAACUGAUAUUACAAACAACACAAAGUGAAGUUAAUCAGUUGACACAACGGUCUUUAACUAACUCUCAAAAUAACAGCCAAUCAACACAUAUUGCACAAAGUCAACAGAGUGUCAAUUUAAUUCCACAGACUCUUCACAUACAACAAAUAUUUCAACACCAGAAUAUUCAAAACACUCAUAACAUUAACCCUGAUAAUUCGAUACACAAUUCACAGUACAAUGAAGCUACACAAACAACAUACCAAGCAACUGAACAUCCUCAACCACUUUUGACCAUGGUCGAAACUCAGAAACAACCAUCACAUAACAACACUUUAAUUGCAUUGCAAAGAUCAUUAAUUGUCAAUGAGGAAGAAUUUGAAGAAUAUCACACGGGAGACACACCAACAAGACAGCGUCGUCGAAGUGAAAAUGAAAUUGAUUAUAACGCAGAAAUAACAAUAGAAUCCACAUACCCAACAAAACCCACUUCCAAUGAAAAACGUUUAAAUUAUCCAAUAAAAGUGUUUUUAAAACGUACAUCAUCAACAAUUGUUGAUUUAACAGGAUUCACAAAUGAUGAAUUUGACGAUAUUUUCGAUAUAAUACUAUACAAUGGAAGAUGGGACGCUGUAAACAGAAAAUAUGUUAAACAGCGAAUUGAUUUAAAUAUACUUUCAGUAAACGAAAAUCAAAUUUUGAAUUCAAAAGAAUUGUUUUUAUUGCUACUUACAUUUCUCAAACACGCAUUUGAUUACAAAACAUUAUAUGAUAUAUUUGAUUAUAGAAAAAGAAGCAACAUUUCAGAAGAAAAACAGAUUUGUAAAAAUUCAAAAAUUAGUUUUAUUUCGAG